AUGCACGCCAGUUUGCUGCUAGCGCUCUUGUGGAUGAUGCUAUGUUGCAGAGCACAGACGGGUGAAGAGCUUGAAUGCGCUUCUCUCAAGGAUUGUCUCAAUUUGGCCAGCGUGUACAGCUCUUCCGCCUUACAGCACGAGCGGAUGAAGGCCCAUGCUCUCUAUGAGAGAGCAUGCCGAUAUGGGGAAGAUUCGAAAGACGCGUGGUUGGGGAAAGGAGCGCUUGAACAAGAUGCUGGACGGCUAGAGGAGGCGUGGAGAAGCUUAUGCGUCGCUUUCCUGUUGGACCCUUCCUGUUGGCGCGUUGGUAUCAACAUGGGAAACCUUGCGGCUCGUCGACAGCAGUUUGGUCUGGCUCAUCGUUUGUUCAAACACCUUACGAGAGUCAACCCCUUCUUGCCACAAGCUCACUACUCCUUGGGGUUCCUCAAUCUGUUGUACGCUCGUUAUCCUUCUCAUGGCAUGGUCGAUUGA